UUUGGUGUGGAUGUCUGGAUAGAAAGUCGCGGUUGAUUCAAGUGAAAAAUUCGACUUUGUUCUGAAGAAAUCUAAAGUUUUUUGAAUAAAAGUGGCAUAGUGUAUGGUGUUGCACAAAUACUUAGUUCAAUAAUUAUUUUUGAAGCAAGUUUGAAAUACUGAAAAAGCAUUACAGUGUCCAUUUUAUUAAUUAAAGUUGCAGAUAUUUCGCCAAAGUGUUUUUCGUCUGCAAAAUUAGUUUUGUGCAAACAAAUUGAUAGAGUAGCACGGCGAGCGGAAAUUGCGCCCGCGGCCGCCCUUAGUGGGAGUGAGAUAAAUAUAUAAAUUGCGCAGGGCUUUUGCUUAUCAGUCCGAAUUUUGUUUUUGUUUCACGUAAAAAUCGCGUUUUGUUUAUUCGAAUCGGGAAAAAUACAACAAUGAAAGGUCGAGCGAAUGUGUGAAUUGUUUAAUAAUAGUAGAAUUGUUGGUGUAGUAGUACGCGUCCAAAAGCCGGUAAAACAACAAUUUCACCGCUUCAAUUGAUGAAAUGCCAUCAAGUGAUUAACAGUUCGUCUUCGAUUAAGAAUUAAAUUACUUUUCGAAUAUUAAACGCAUGUGAAUGGGUAUGUGAAACUUCCCCUAUUCCUUGCCUCAGUGCGUCGCCUGCGAAUACACAUUCAAAGCGUAUUUGUAAAAGUGUAAAAAGUGCGAGAAAAUGAAAAAAUACUACAUUGAGGCUGUGUGUUGCAAUUGUUUGUUGGAAAAUUCAUGAAAUAAUGAGAACAUUGGAUAUUCAUCAAAAGGAUUAACUACAAAGAGGACACACAUUGCAAUUUAGACAAGUGACAGCGGGGUGCCAAAUCGAUUGUGCACCACAGGAGACGGAGACUACGCACGGUCCGAGUAGAUGGUAAAUAUGUGGACUCGCCUGUCGACAGGCGUGCGGUCACGCAAAUGGCAACAAACACACCAGCAACCGCAGCGGCUGCAGUUGCAUGCAAUCGUGUUGGGAAUUUUGGCUUCAUUAUUGCUGCAAGCGCAUUCUUCAAAUGCAAGUCAAGCGCUCACCUUCAAAAUUGAACCUCAGGAUGUGGUCGUGCCGGAAGGACAUUCUGUGCUGCUUCAAUGCGGUGGCGUGGCACAAAACGGCAAGUCCGCCAAAAUACAACCAAUUAUACGUUGGCGGGGGCCCGACGGGCAGGACUUGGGCAUCGUCGGCGACACAUUUCGCAAUCAGCUGAGUAACGGUUCAUUGUAUAUAAGCUCCGUGGAGGAAAAUCGCGGUUUGACCGGCUCCUAUCAGUGUCUGCUCAGCGCUGAAGGCAUUGGUACAAUUGUUAGUCGUGCGGCAAUCGUGUCCAUAGCACGGUUGCCCGAUCUAAAUCAAGACUUUAUCGAAACAUAUUUACUACCUGGUCAAACGGCGUAUUUUCGAUGUAUGGUGGGUCAAGUUCAGUCGGGCAUUAAGCAUGCAGUACAAUGGCUGAAGGAUGACAUGCCGCUUGUGCUGGACAAAUUGCGUAUGGUCGUACUGCCGAAUGGCGCCCUAGAAGUAGAUGAGGUCGGCAUUGGCGAUCGCGGCGCUUACCAGUGUAAUGUGACCUCCGGCAGCAUAUCUCGUUUAAGCAGCAAAACCAGCUUAAAUAUCAAAAAGCCCACAGAUCCAGGCGGUGAAAGUUUGGUUGCGCCUUCAUUUCUUGUGGGACCUUCGCCGAAAACCGUGAAAGAGGGUGACAGUGUCACUUUGGAUUGCGUGGCGAAUGGUGUUCCCAAACCGCAAAUUAAAUGGUUGCGCGACGGAGCGGAACUCGAUCUCAGCGAUCUUGAUUCGCCGUUCUCCAUCAUCGGCACGGGCUCAUUACAAAUUUCUUCUGCCGAAGACAUCGACUCCGGCAACUAUCAGUGUCGUGCCAGUAAUACAGUCGACUCACUUGACGCGCAGGCCACCGUGCAGGUGCUGGUGCCGCCCAAGUUCAUCAAGAGCCCAAAAGACAAGACGGCUCACGAAAAAGAGGAAUUAGAGCUGGAGUGCGCGAUACGCGGUAAACCAAAGCCGCUAAUUCAAUGGCUGAAGAACGGUGAUGUAAUCACGCCCAACACGUACAUGCAACUAGUGGGUGGCCACAAUCUACGCAUUUUCGGCCUGCUGCAGUCCGAUGCCGGCAUGUUCCAAUGCGUUGGCACCAAUCCGGCUGGUAGUGUUCAAGCGGCGGCACGCUUGCGCGUCGCACAAACGGGCAAAUCCAAAAAAUACCACACUUCCGCCUCCCAAACACCCAAAUCUCCAUUACUUCCGUCAGCUUCACCUAUGCGCCGACGCAAGGGGGGCGGCUCUAAGGCGAUUGAUCCUUUUGACACAUUCGGCGAUGCCAUUGACAAUACAAUGGGAUCGACACGUAGUCUCUCCAAAAGCGCGCUGGAUAGUUUACUCUCACAGAGAGGCAGAAAAUUACCACGACCUGAGAGACCGCAAAAUGACAAUGGCUAUGGUGAAUUUGCCUCACUGAAAGACCUCGAACAGUUGGACAUGGAAGAUACGGACAGUUCAAUGGAGCUGCCCACAAGCACACACGAGUUCAACGUAGGUGUUAACGGUGAUGACGGCAACAACGAUGACGAAGACAAUGAGGACGAAGACGAAUAUGACGAUUUAAAUGACAACCAAGAAUUCAUUGAUGCCUACAAUCACGGUGACGACCCCAAUAAAGUACUGAACUCGUGGAAGAAUAAAAAUAAGAAACAAUUAUCCUCAGCCACAUCCAAUUCACAAGCGGCGUCAUCAAGUUCCUCCUACUUAUCCUCAGAUUUAGAUGGACUCGAAGGCAGCAUUGGCAUAACUGGCGUUGGGAGUGUAGACGGCGGUGUAGACAUUCCCCAAUCCGGUGGAGGAGUUACACAUAUCCACGGUGCUGUGUUGAGCCGUUUACCGGGACCGCCACACGACGUGGUUGCGCAAAUAGUGAAGCCACGUUUCGUAACACUCAGUUGGAUGGAGCCGAAGAAGAACCCGGUCGAAGUGGUGUCUUAUACAGUAUUUUAUAAAAUGAGCAAUAGCGAACGCGAACAGAAAAUUGUAACCAAAUCGCACGAUGACCAACAGGUGAAUAUCCAAAAUUUGCUGCCUGGAAAAACCUAUCAAUUCCGUGUGGUGGCAAAUACGAACUUUGGACCCGGCGAUUCUUCAGAGGUAUUGGAGGUGCGCACUCAACCGGAGGAGAAUAUUGCUGGUCCACCACGCAACGUCGAAGGACUGGCGACUAGCGAAAGAGAGAUUUUUGUAAAAUGGGAUUCUCCGAUCGUAACCAAUGGAGAGAUUAUGAAAUACCGGAUUUACUAUUCUGAGAAUGACAGUGGUGCAGAGAUGUACCAUGAUAGCACCACGCUUAGUGCUGUGAUCUCAGAGCUGCGUCCAUAUACUGACUACACUAUUAGCGUGGUACCUUUCAAUAAGAACGGCAUGGGCGAUCCGUCGAAUGAAAUAAAGGUCAAGACUUACUCCUCCACACCAACUGAGCCCCCCAAUAAUGUGACACUUGAAGUAACGAGUUCGACGUCCGUCACAGUACACUGGGAGCCUCCAGCCGAGGAAGAGCGAAAUGGACAAAUCACCGGCUAUAAGAUUCGCUAUCGUAAACUUAAAGACACGCCACAAGUGAAGAGCACACCAGCGAAUAUACGUUACUUCGAAUUGAAGGGACUGGAGCGACACUCGGAGUAUCAAAUAAAAAUUGCCGCUAUGACAGUGAAUGGCUCAGGCCCGUUCACAGAAUGGAAUCGCGUUAUGACUUUGGAAAAUGAUCUGGAUGAAACACAGGUGCCUGGUAAACCAGUUUGGAUCGGCAUACAUCCGGGUGGUGAUAACAUCGCUUUGCACUGGGGUCCACCGCAACAGCAUGAAAUCAAGAUUCGAAGUUAUGUUUUGGGCUGGGGUCGUGGAAUACCCGAUGAAAACAUCAUUGAGCUAAAAGAAUCCGAACGCUAUUAUGUAUUGAAAAAGUUGGAGUCAAAUACGGAGUAUGUGGUUUCAUUGCGUGCACGCAACAGCAAAGGUGACGGUCAACCAAUUUAUGACAACAUCAAAACACGUGACGAGGAACCGGUCGAUAUGCCAAUGCCGCUUGAAGUGCCUGUCGGCCUACGCGCCAUCACCAUGUCCAGCUCAUCCAUUGUCGUUUACUGGAUAGAUACGAUGCUGAGUAAAAAUCAACAUGUCAUCGAUAAUCGUCACUACACCGUCCGUUUUGGCAUAUCUGGCUCUAGUCGUUUUCGGUAUCACAACACCACCGAUCUCAAUUGCAUGAUCAAUGAUCUGCGUCCGAACACACAGUAUGAGUUCGCUGUUAAAGUGGUGAAGGGGCGUCGUGAGUCGGCUUGGUCCAUGUCAGUGUUGAAUAGCACCUACCAAAAUGUACCAAUUACACCACCACGUGAGCUCACGGUACGACCUGAUGAACAGAAUCCACAAACUGUCAUUUUACAAUGGCUGCCACCGAAACACAGCCUUGGUCAAAUAACCGGCUACAACAUUUAUUACACCACCGAUACUACGAAACGAGAUCGCGACUGGUCCAUCGAGGCAUUCGCUGGUGACGAGACUAUGAUGAUGUUGCCUAAUUUGAAACCAUACACAACAUAUUACUUCAAAGUACAAGCGCGGGUGGGGAAAGGCGCCAGUAAUGCGCCUUUUUCAGCGCUUGUUGCUUACACGACUCCGGCGGCGGUUGUGAUGCAGGAACCAAAACCGAUUGCCAAGGGCAUCAGUAACGAGAUCAUCAUAUACUCUGUAGCAGGUGCGAUUGCAUUUAUAGUAUUGAUUUUUGUGGUCAUCAUGGUGGUAACGUGCCGACGAAAGCCCCAAUCCACUCCUGAUCACAACAAGAAGAGGUACGAAGAUAGCUAUCAAAAUGUUGGAGUUCCGAAGCCCCCAGAUCUAUGGAUACAUCACGAUCAAAUGGAGUUAAAGAAUAUUGAUAAGAAUAUUCACAGCACCACUCCUGUUUGUAGCGACGGUGCUUCGAGUAGCGGUGCCUUAACAUUGCCACGUUCUGUGGUGCACGAAUACGAUGUCGAUACGCCAGUGCCGGUUACCAAUUCGCUCGACAAACGAUCCUACGUACCCGGUUAUAUGACCACUUCAAUGAAUUCUACCAUGGAACGACCACAGUAUCCGCGCACCCAGUAUAACAUUUCCGCCAAUCGUUCGCAUAUGACUGUCGACACGGGGCACUCGCAACAAAGUCUGACGCAGCAACCGGGCUCCUUGGCACAAACGCCCGAACAUCCCUACGGUUAUGAGGGUAAUUUCUGCAAUCCUGGUUACCCGAAUGGUGUCGGCGGUGCUGGUCCAGGUGGUGGCCCCACAAACAACGGUGGUGUUUCAACUAUCGAGAGUGCAAAACGUGGUCAUCCAUUGAAGAGUUUUAGCGUGCCAGGUCCACCCCCAACGGGCGCUGCGACACCCAUCAAUAAACACACACCUGCCGUAACAAUACGUCCACAAAAUCAAUCGCCCUACAAGAAGCCCUCCUUCUCAGCUGCCACGCCCACGAAUCGGUUGCAAAGCGGCUCGUCUGUGGCACACUCCAACGACGAAAUACAACGAUUAGCGCCAAGCACCUCAACCGAAGAGCUGAACCAAGAAAUGGCCAAUCUAGAGGGACUCAUGAAGGACUUGAGUGCAAUAACGGCGAAUGAAUUCGAAGUUUAACAGUAAAUAGGAAUAAAAACACGCCAUACGAAAGUGUCUAAGGCCGAAAUGUGCUUCAGAUAAGAAAAUUAACAAAUGCGCAACCAACAUAAACGGAAAAAGUAUUGAACGAUGAAUGGAAGGUUUUCAAAAACAAAAAAAAAAAACAAAAACGAAAAACAACAAAAACCUCGAUAAACUUAGCGAAUCAAAAUGAAAGCAAACAAAUGAAAACAUUAACAUUUUUCUUUCGUUGGUUUCGUGCUAAAUUUGCGGUUUUCUACAGAAUAUGCGCUAAAUGAAUUUGAAAAUGUUUGGCUGCUAAUUCUAAUUAUUUGCCAUUAAUAUUUAAAGUUUAAGAGCUAGUGCAUUCGUAUAUAUAUAUUUAAUGCCGAUCUUUUCGUGUAAGUAAAGUAAUAUUGGAUUUUUGUACAAGCGUUAAGGGACGUAAUGAUUAAGAAUUGGUUGAUUUCUAAGUGUAAGUGCUGCUUAAGUUUCAAAAAUGUGUGUUUAAGAGUGCUCUUGAUUUUGUUAUAUUUUUUAUUUCUAUGAAAAAACCGUGACAUGUACAUAACCAUUAUAUGUAAGAGCAUUGUCAUAUAUGUAUGUACUAUAUAUGUAUUUAUCGACAUUUUACCGAGUAAGCAAAUGAAUUAAAAAUUAAAGUUUUUGAGUAAAAAUAAUAGGAAUUAUACCAGAGCCACGGCUAUAUUAAUAAGGAAACUGAAAUCGAAAUCGAAAACGAAAACGAAAACGAAGCUGAAACAAUUGAAUUAAAAUAAAAAUAAUUUAAUAUUGCAAAUUGUUGAACCAUACGCAGAAGCCACAACAAAAUAAAUCUGAUGUGAAACCUUCAAAUGUUAACAUGUAUGUAUGAAAGCUUACAUACUCCUUUGUAAGUACAUAUUAAUAUAUACUAAGCAAUACUAUGCUGCCGUAAAGUAUGAGCUAUCCCGCGUUAGUUCAAGCUACUUUUCUGACUUGCACUCAAUUUUGCGCGCUUUAACUUUCACUUUGAAAAGUUGUACGAAAGUGUUGGCUGCAACAGGUGUUGGUUUUGAAUUCAAGUCCUUGCAGUGCCAUAGAACUCUUUCCCGGACUUAAUAAUAUUAUGGCGAGAGACCGCAAUAAUCUAUCCCUGAAAGCUACAGCGCAAAUCUUCAUUGCAUUCACAGUUGCAACAACGGGAAAUGCUGGCAGAAUAUGUGGAUACUACAUAUAUACAUAUAUUGUUAUAUACGCAUGUUAAACUAUUGAAAGUACAUGUAACUAUCUCAGACUUUGUGUAUAUGUAUUUGCACUUUAUAUUUAAAUAUGCACAACUGAAAUUACUUGCCGCUAUAUGCAUCUACUUGCUAUUGAAAUCUUAUUAAAAGAAAAAAAACUAAUCUAGAUUUAAAGUUACAAACGUGCAUUUAUAUCAAAAUAUCGUGUUCUUGUAAACCAAAAUUUAACUACAAAAACUUUUCACACAACUGGAUGUUUAGUUUUUUUUUUAAUAUUAAACUCCUCAUAUUAGUGUAAUUUACCUUUUUGGUUUUUACCUCAUCCAAACUGAGUCUAUCGUUUUAGUUUUCUUUCAUUUCCAUACAAAAAGUGCCAUUUCACUGCUCAUAAAAAGCCCUGAAUUACUGAGCGCACAAAUUUUGUAAUAUGUUUAGUAUGUACCUUCUAAUAACACUUUAUUUUAAUUUUCGCAAAACUUGUGUUCAAAUAAAAACUCGUUACCCCUAAGCUAUUUUUCCAAAACAUAAAUUCAAUUUUGGAAACUAAUAUAAAAUGCCUACAAAUCUACUACUUACGGCAAUACAGCGCUCGGGGUGUUUAUAAAACCUCAAUCCUAAAAAAUUAAACAAUUGGAAAAGCGUUUUGUAUUAAAAAUUUGAAUUAUUUUUAUUAUUUAGAUAUAUCUAUAUAUACAUAUGUAUUUGAUUUAUGCACAAUGCUAUGAAAAUUUUGUAUUCUAGUUACUUUUCAUAUGAGGUUUUAUUACUUAUGAUCAAAGGUCAUUCAAAGUCACAUACUUUUUAUGCAUUUAAAAAGCCUUAUGUUGAGCUGAAGAAAUUUCACGGUUUUUUGCAUUUAACAAGUGCAUAAAUGGGCGCACUAAAUAUUACUAAAAAUUACGCAUGUAUAUCAUUUGUAAAAAUAAUACAUACCUACAUACAUACACACAUAUAUAGUACACGAAACUCAUCUAAUGUAUAAUUUCCACUGAAAACCAGACCAACGCAUUUACACGAUUGAAAAUGUUAUUGGAAAAAGCAGUUAUUGUGCAAGCAACAAAUGAAGAAUUAUCUAACCAGAAGCGAAAUUUUGAAGGUCCUAUUAAGUUAAAAUUUUAAAUUUAAUUAAACUAAAAGAGAUAAACAUUUGCCAUACCUACUCGAAUACAAAUUAAGUUCCAUACAUCUCUGCUAACCCUUUUUAGAAGCACGAAUCAUACACCUACACACAUACAUACACACACACACACACAUUUCUCUACUUCGAAAAUCAUAUAAUUAUCUAUAAACAAAUAUAUUUACGUAUUACUUCGUGUUAAGCGUAAUCAUAGGUAUAAGUGGAAUUAGCAGAAUGGUGAAUUGCAAACAAAAUGAAGACUUUUGUUACUUUUAUUAUUCAAAGAGCAGUUCUUAUAAGUAUAUACAUACAUACAUAUAUGUAUGUGAGGAUUUUUAUUACAAAAUGCAUUUUUGUAUAUUAAAAAUGAACGUUUCGAUUAAGCACACACAUAUAAAAUGGAGAAAUAUUACCUUCUUAAGUAAGCAUACUUAGCUAUAAUAACUUUAAAUAAUAAUUAUUAUAAUAUUCUACUUAUACAAAGUAAAUGCAAGCAAAGAAAUUGUGAAUUAAAUGUGAAAGAAAGUACGUUAAAUUACAAUGUAUAAUAAAUAUAAUUUAUACAAUUCAAA